AUGGUAGAUAAGAAAGCCAAAGUGUGGAGAAUGUGUGUGGACUAUAGAGAUCUUAACGCAGCUUGUCCUAAGGAUUGUUACCCACUCCCUCGGAUAGAUCAGCUGGUAGACGCUACUUCGGGGUGUGAACUCCUGUCCAUGAUGGACGCCUACCAAGGAUACCAUCAAGUGAAAAUGCACCCGGGGGAUGUCGCCAAAACUGCCUUCGCAGUGUGCACAGGGGUCUUCGGAUGGGAAAGCAUGCCCUUCGGCCUCAAGAAUGCAGGGGCCACAUACCAGCGUAUGAUGGACAAAAUUUUCAGGACGCAGCUAAGGAGAAAUAUAUCGGUGUAUGUUGACGACAUGCUGGUGCGCAGCAUCAAACCCAGCUCCCACAUGGCUGAUUUGGAGGAAACUUUCUUGGAAUGUCAAAGAAAUUCAAACAUCAAUGGUCGGAUUACCGUGCUGAGUCGAUUCAUCUCACGCUCGGCUGAGCGAAGUCUUCCAUUUUUCAAAGUUCUACGGAAAGGAAGUCGAUUUGAAUGGAGUAGCGAGUGCCAGAGAGCUUUCGAAGACCUAAAGGCCUACCUAACCAAAUUACCAGUGCUAACAAAGCCUUCUUCAGGAGAACCACUGUACCUAUAUAUCUCUGUGGGAAUUGAAUCUCUGAGCUCAGUGCUGGUCCGAGAGGAGAACCGACAACAAAAACCGAUAUACUUCGUAACCAAGAUCAUCCAGGGUGCAGAGCUACGCUAUACUGAGGUUGAAAAGACCGCAUACACAAUCAUGAUCACGGCCAGAAAGUUGAGGCCAUACUUCUUAUCACACAAGGUCAUUGUGAGAACAAUAAUACCAUUAAGACAAAUCCUAGGGCGACCAGAUCUAGCAGGGAAGAUGGUAAAAUGGGCCAUAGAGCUUGGAGAAUACGAGGUCGAGUUUGAGCCGCGCACUACCAUUAGAGCCCAGGCACUAGCGGAUUUCAUUCAAGAAGCAACAAGGUGGCCUAUGAGGGGACCGUGGGCAGCACAGGUUGAUGGGUCGGUCACUAAAGAAGGAUGCGGGGUGGGAAUCUACAUCACCUCGCCCGAGGAGGAAGUCUAUCAAUUUGCUAUCAAAUUUGAAGAUAAGUUAUCCAAUAAUGAAGCCGAAUAUGAAGCAGUGUUAAGGGCAGCCCACAUACUCAGAGAACUCAGAGCCGACAAUGCGGUGAUUAAAACCGACUCUCAAUUGGUGGCACAACAGUUAAUAGGAGGCUGCGGGGAGAUUGGGAAGAAGUUUGAGAAAUUCGAAAUACAACAAGUGCCGAGGGAAGAAAACCAACGAGCAGACCUCCUGGCCAGGGUAGCCAGCGCAGUCGAACAAACUUGGAGCGAGGACAUUACCUUGGUGUUCGAGCCUAAAAGGGAGGUGGUGGCGCAGGUAUAUAACAUUGAAACCAAGGAUGACUGGAGAACGCCCAUCAUAUACUAUCUGAAAAAUGGUCAAUGGAUGAAAGAGGAUACCUCAAGACAUGCCAAAUACGAGAAUUAUUGCCUCAUCGGCGACCAGCUCUAUAAGAGGUACUUCACACACCCAUUCUUGAAAUGCCUGGCCCCUGAAGAAGCACAGUUUGCCUUAAAAGAGAUCCACCAAGGGUGCUGCGGUAACCACGGUGGACACAGGGAUUUGACAAGGAAAAUAAUCAGAGCAGGAUUCUACUGGCCCGGAAUCAGCAAAGAAUCGAAGGCCUUCGUGCAGAAAUGUGAGGCUUGUCAGAAACACGCUCCCAAAAUCAACAUACCUGGGGAAGAAAUGGGGAUCAUGUAUGCUGCGCAUCCUUUCGACAAAUGGGGAAUCGACAUUGUGGGUAAAUUACCAACUGCUCCAGGAGGCAAGUGCUUCCUUAUAGUUGCCGUAAACUACUUCUCUAAAUGGAUCGAAGCGGAGGCUGUCACCAAAAUCGACGAUAACACAGUGGAGAAGUUCAUAUGGAAGAACAUCUGUUGUCGAUACGGGGUGCCAAGGAUUUUGGUUUCGGACAACGGAACCCAGUUCACAAGCAAGAAGAUUGAGGAUUUUUGCUCUCGGAUGGAUAUCAUACAGAAAUUUGUGUCAGUAGCCCACCCUCAAGCCAACGGACAGGAAGAGCUGGCAAACCGCACCAUAUGUGAGGGGAUCAAGAAGAGACUUGAACGAAGCAGGGGACGAUGGGUUGAGGAGUUAGACACAGUGUUAUGGGCACUUAGAACCAGCCCGAAAACCGCAAUCGGAGAAGCUCCUUUUACUUUGGUAUAUGGGUCAAACGCUGUGGUACCUGCUGAGGUAAGGUUGGAAUCUCAUCGGGUCACUACCUAUGACACUGCACAGAAUGAGGAAUUGCGCCGACUUGACUUGGACUUGAUUGAGCUACAGAGAGAGGAAGCACAAGUGAGGGCGGCAAAGUACAAAAACAUUAUCAAGGCUGGUUACGACAAGAAAGUAAAGCUGCGCAGACUUGGGAAGGGAGACUUGGUACUCAAACGGGCAGACGCCUUGAAGCCCGUAGGGAAAUUUGAAGCUAACUGGGAAGGUCCUUUUGUCAUCACGGAAGUCUUGGGAGGAGGAGCUUAUCACCUAGCAGACCAAGAAGGGCGGCCUCUCACCAGGCCAUGGAACAUAAGUAACCUCAAGAAAUUUUACGUGUAA